AGGUAGGAGGAAGAUGGCGGCGGGGGCGAGGUGAGGUGUUGGCAGAAGAAAGGGGUUCGGGCGUGGGGGGCGGGAGAAAGCGGAGCGAUGGCCCGCGCCGGCCGCAGGGCCGGAUAAAAAGCCGUCGCGCCGCGGGUGUGGGAGGGAGAAGGAGGAGGGCGCCUGGGCGCCGCGAGAGUAUGACGGGGCUGUACGAGCUGGUGUGGCGGGUGCUGCACGCUCUGCUCUGCCUGCACCGCACGCUCACCUCCUGGCUCCGCGUUCGGUUCGGCACCUGGAACUGGAUCUGGCGGCGCUGCUGCCGCGCAGCCACCGCCGCGGUCCUAGCGCCGCUCGGCUUCACGCUCCGCAAGCCCCCGGCCGUCGGCAAGAACCGCCGUCACCACCGGCACCCGCGGGGGAGACCCGGCCCGGCCGCCGCCCACCCCCGGCUGCGCUGGCGCGCGGACGGCCGUUCCCUGGAGAAGCUGCCUGUGCACAUGGGCCUGGUGGUCACCGAGGAGGAGCAGGAGCCCAGCUUCUCGGACAUUGCGAGCCUCGUGGUGUGGUGUAUGGCCGUGGGCAUCUCUUACAUUAGCGUCUACGACCACCAAGGUAUUUUCAAAAGAAAUAAUUCCAGAUUGAUGGAUGAAAUUUUAAAACAGCAGCAGGAACUUCUGGGCUUAGAUUGUUCCAAAUACUCACCAGAGUUUGCAAAUAGUAAUGACAAAGAUGAUCAAGUUUUAAAUUGCCAGUCGGCUGUGAAGGUAUUGUCCCCUGAAGAUGGAAAAGCAGAUAUUGUGAGAGCUGCUCAGGACUUUUGCCAGUUAGUAGCCCAGCAGCAAAAGAGAUCCACAGAUUUGGAUGUAGAUAUGUUAGACAGUUUACUUAGUUCAAAUGGUUUCCCUGAUCCUGAUUUAGUCUUGAAGUUUGGUCCUGUGGACAGCACAUUAGGCUUUCUUCCCUGGCACAUCAGACUGACUGAGAUUAUAUCUUUGCCUUCCCACCUAAACAUCAGUUAUGAGGAUUUUUUCUCUGCCCUUCGUCAAUAUGCAGCCUGUGAACAACGUCUGGGAAAGUAGUGACCCCUGGCUGCAGAAUUUGAUUUCAGGCUUUGGAGAAAAGGACCCAAGUGACUCUGAUGUUUACAAAGCACCUGUCAAACCCUGUAUACACCUAGUUCAUAAUCCUCAUAAUUUAUCAACAAACAAAAAAAAGUGUCUUACUUGAGAGUAAGAGUGAGAGAGUGAGUGUGUGUGUGUGUGUGUGUGUGUGUGUAAAUAAACUUAUAAAUGGGGAAAGUAUUGGAGAGUGACAUCUGUAGACUGCAACUUUGAGCAAAUAGCAGUGUUUUAGGAGCUAAAAUUUUAAAUAUAAAUGCUUCAGUCUCAACCACUUCCCUGUUUUUGUGGGAAGGGGCGGGGUGAUUAGCACUGUUUAGUUGCUGUUUGGGGUUGGGGGGAAUAAUUUUGUUCAGCCUUUCUUAGUGACUAGGUGACCAAACUUUAAUUUUUAAGAAUAAUAUAUUGACUUCUUAAAUGGAAGCCCUCCUGAGUUUGAGAGAUCUCUAGAGCAAUGGAGUUCUGUGUUGUUCACAUGUUAAAAACUUGCUCACCUUUAGAGCAGAGGGAGUACCUGCUUACGAUUAUUCAUCCAUUUUCAUCUCUUCAUUAUAAACCAACAGUGUGAGUUGAGCGUGUUGCUCUGGUGUCUGUGUUCUGGGUUGUGAAGAUCAUUUGAAAAAGAACUCUAACUACAGAUGCAGAAUUUUAAUAAUUUAAAUUAAAAAAAAUUAAAUAUUAGGCAGUCAAAAAAAGGUGGAAAAGUCCCUAAAGGUAGAAACUUGCCAGAAAAAAGUUUUGAUUUCUUUUUGUUUGGUGGUUGGUGAGCUAGAUAUUACCCAAAGUUGUUUUAAAAUUGAAAAAAAAAAUUAAAUAUUAGGCAGUCAAAAAAAGGAAAAGUCCCUAAAGGUAGAAAAUUGCCAGAAAAAAGUUUUGAUUUCUUUUUUGUUUGGUGGUUGGUGAGCUAGCUAUUACCCAAAGUUGUUUUAAAAAACAUAUCCCUUCACUUUUCAGAUACACAUUUGAGGGAAAUAACCAAGACAGCUGUUUUCCUCAAAAGUAACCUGUUCCUCUUUGGAAUUGUACACUUAGGGCCAUGUUAGUACCCAGGAUUUUUACUCAGUAAAUCCUGAUGGUAACUUUGCAUAAAAGUUCUUUCAAGGUUGAGACUUGUGUAGGUAAUAAAAUACUACCAAAGUCUGCAAAAGUAAUUUAAUUUUCUGUGUUCUCGUUCAUAACAGAGAACAGCACUGGUUCUGUUAUUUUUAAAAUGAGUAAAUGAUGUUUUGAUAGGUAUUUAAUAUUUCUUCCGUCACUGCUGAUCCUUGAACAGAAACCAUUAUUUAUAUUUGAUGGACUGUUUUCAGAGAAGUCUUAUUAACACAUGUACAAUAGUUACCUAAAAUUGUUCAUGUAGAAUGGAGUAAUUUAAAUACUGGGUCUCAGUAUGAAAAUAGCAAAGAAGACUGGAUUUGGAAAGCAAGGCCUCUAAAAUUGCUUGUCAAAUUUUAAAGGUAUGAAGAGUAAAUGGUUCAACUUCUCAUUACAAAAACCCAUUUAUGAUUUAAAAAUACACUUGAAAUAAAAUGAUUAAACUAAAUUUUGGUCCAGUGACAUUACUUUGCACUACCUAUAGUCCUUUGUACAUUUUAAUUUUUUUUGAAACUCUUAAUUUAUUGCUGAAAAUUUUGUGUGAAACUAGAGCAUAUCUCUCAUCUUUAACAGAAUUUCUGAUUUCUGUUCCCCUGUACUGAGCUCCAUGUACUAUUGAGACUUUUUUGCCUUCACUUAAGACUGAACUUACAAACAUGAUAUAAGUGUCUUUUAUAAACAUUCUGGAAUAUGUAUGGCUUUAACAACUAAAAUUUAACGGACCCAAUUGAAGUGAAGGGAUUUAGCGUAUGCUAAUGAAGUUAGUGGAGUAAAAAACUGGGAGAUAACCAUUGUCUCUAAAGACUUAAUAGUUGAGUCUUUGUACUUUUACUUUCUCCUUCCAUUUCAUAGCAUUGUAGCAUAUACACAUCUAAUUAAAUCUGUAACCUGUGACCUGAAUGUUAACAAUUCUUAAAAACAAGUUGCUAAGAAUCUGAAUUCAGACACAGGUAUUCCAGAUCAUUAUUUUGAGUUACCUGCUAUUAUGGUCUGAACAACUUGAAUAGCAUUGGUCAUUCAAUAACUCCUGCCAAAAUCAUUACAAGUUAUGUAUCAUCAGGGCUCCUUUGCACUCUCAAGAAGAACUGGUAAUUUUAGAGAAAAAUGUCUGUGUGUUGAAGGAUAAUAUAUUGUUUUUCAGUUGUUUCCUCUUGGCAAUCCCCAGAGUGGACAACUGAUCAAAUUAAACCUGCUUUAGGGAUGGCAGCUUGGAGCGUAGCAAGAAGUUGAAGGGUAUAAAUUCCAUUCCCAAUUCUGGUUGUGUUUUUGUCUUUUAAAACUGAUUAUUGUUACGAAGUUUGAAAACUGAUUAUGAUGUGAAUAACAAUUCUGGCAUAUUGUGUCUAAGACUUAAAAUGCCUAUUUCUGAGAGAAAGGUGUUAUAAUGGUAAUGAACAGUGCCAAAUACACUGUGCAUAACUAUAAUUUAACCUUUGAAUGUAUGUUACUUGAUUAGCUCCCCUCUGUGUGAUGGUAUCAUGCAUAGAGUCAAAUCCUUGUGGUGUUUUGUAUGGCUGUUGACUUGGAAACAUGUAAAUAAUGUGUAAAGCAAGUUUUUAUGAUUAAGGAACCAAAUUUAUUGAAUUUUAUUAUUGAAAGUUGAAACAUGUAUGAAAAAACAAUAAAAGAAUAUACUCUUUUCAUGAACUAUAGUAUUAUGUGAAUGCCACAUUUAUUUUGAACACUUAGGCCUCCAGAAAUGUAAUGCAAAACUCAUGACUAGAUAGCAAUACUAUUUUUUUUAGAUGAUAUGUACUUGAUUGAAACAUGUCCUGAUUUUUACCAGGUUGAACAUUUGGAAUCUUACAAUGUUAAUUUGUUUUGCUAGAUAGAAGUGAAAUUAAAAACUGCCAUUGCCAGAAUUGUCAAAAUUCCACAAUAAUUAUAAUAUUAAUUGGUUUUUACUGAAUAUAGAAUGUCAAAGAAAUGUAUAUGCAUACUUUUUAAAAAGAAAUUUGACAAUUCUUGUCAAACCAGGAAAUGGAAGGUAAGAGUUAUGAUUUAUCUUACAUAGCCAAGUAUUUGCUUUCUAACUUGAAUAUCUAAUUAUGAUAGUUGGCUUUUUAUGCACAAUUUUCAUAUGAAGUUGGAAUUUUCAAAGGUCAUGUUUUAACUUUGGUUACUGUGUUAAUAGGAAAGGCCUUUAACAAAAAUUAGUGUAGGAAAAGUUUAGGACAGUUGGAAAUAAAACCCAGAAAGCAAGAUUAAUGUCAGCAAUUGUACAUGAAUCCUAGUUGAUAGGCCAUAAACUGUGAUAAAAUUGGUGGGAUAAGGGAGUGCGAAAAGAAUUUGCUUCAGGUUAAAAAAAAGUACACAUUCUUUAUAGAAAAAAUUAAGAAAACUCAGAAGAACAAAAGUAAAGGAAAAGAAACUAGACCAUUGUUCAUUACAUUUUUGGUGACAAUCCUAGAAUUUUUUGUACUUAUAUUUAAAAAAUGAAUCCUGUAACAGGUUUAAUAAAGAGAUUCUUUUUAAACUACAAAC